AUGGAAACAUCAUUCUACUACUACAUUUUGCUCUUCAUCAUCUAUCUUUUCUUCAAGAACUAUUUGCAGAAACAUAAUAAAAAGUUCCCACCAAGCCCUUCUCUAUCUUUUCCCAUCAUUGGCCAUCUCUACCUCAUUAAGAAACCCCUCCAUAAAACACUUGCAAAAUUAGCCAACAAAUAUGGACCAAUCUUGUUUGUUAAAUUCGGCUCCCGCCCUGUUGUCAUCGUAUCCUCUCCUUCUGCAGCUGAGGAAUGCUUCACCAAAAAUGACAUCACUUUCGCCAACCGCCCCGGACUGCUGGCUGGAAAACACCUCGGAUAUAACUACACCACCCUCGUAUGGGCCUCUUAUGGCUCUCACUGGCGCAACUUGAGACGCAUAGCGUCCCUUGAGCUAUUGUCAUCUCAUCGCCUGCAGAUGUUUCAUGGCAUACGUGCAGAUGAAGUCGGAUCAUUGAUUUUACGCCUUCUCCAAGGUUCCAUUGAUGGUGAGUUUCACAUUGUGGACAUGAAGUCAACGUUUUUUGAGCUGACUCUUAAUGUUUUGAUGAGAAUGAUUGCUGGAAGAAGAUACUAUGGGGAAAACAAGACAGGACUGGAGGAAGCUAAGAGGUUUAGGGAGAUAGUGACAGAGACAUUUGUUUUGAGUGGAGCUACCAAUAUUGGAGAUUUUAUGCCAGCUUUAAAAUAUGUUGGAGCAAAUGGGCUUGAAAAUAAGCUGUUGAUAUUGCAAAAGAAGAGGGACAGGUUCAUGCAAGAUUUGAUUGAAGAACAUAGAAAAGGGCAGAGUGGCACUGUUUCUAAACAGAGAAGCAAGACCAUGGUGGAGGUGUUGCUUUCACUGCAAGAAACUGAACCUGAAUAUUACACUGAUGAUAUCAUAAGAGGCCUGAUGCAAGUGAUGUUAUCAGCAGGAACUGACACCUCAGCUGGAUCCAUGGAAUGGGGGCUUUCACUUCUGCUCAACAACCCAGAAGCCCUUGCAAAAGCACAGACAGAAAUUGAUGACCAAAUUGGGCAAAGCAGGCUCAUUGAGGAAGCAGACCUUGCCAACCUUCCCUAUCUCCAUGGCAUCAUAAACGAAACCCUUAGAAUGUACCCAGCAGACCCACUUCUAGUACCCCAUGAGUCAUCACAAGAGUGUACCAUCGAAGGGUACCAUGUCCCUCGGGGCACAAUGCUGUUGGUGAACAUUUGGGCCAUACAGAAUGAUCCCAAAUUGUGGGAGCAGCCUGAGCAGUUCAAGCCAGAGAGGUUUUUGAAGAAUGAAGCAAAUGGUUUCCAAAUGCUGCCGUUUGGGACAGGAAGGAGAGGCUGUCCCGGCGAAGGCUUAGCGACACGAAUCAUCGGGCUAGCCUUAGGAUCACUGAUCCAGUGCUUUGAGUGGGAGAGAAGUAGUGAUGAAGUGGUGGACAUGAGUGAAGGGGCUGGCCUCACUAUGCCUAAAGCUCAAGCUUUACUAGCAAAGUGCAGGCCACGCCCUAUAAUGCUGCCAUUACUUUCACAGCUCUAGUCUUUAUCCAAGAAUAUCAAGGACUGAAGGAAAGCAAAA